GAAAUCCAUCAGUUCAAUAUAUUUGUUGUUCGCUGAACAAUUGUAUCCAUCUCUUUGCUCAUUAUAUAUAAUCAUAUCACAUUCGCUGAGCAAUUGUAUCCAUCUUGUUUGCGUUUCACAUUGAAGAGCAGCACGCCACCAGGAUCCCAACGAUGUUGUUGUCCUCAUAUUUGUUAUUUCUUGCAGUGAGCCCAGUGGUUCACAGCCGCACGCCACCACCAGAAUUUUUCGGAUCGAACUUGCCUUACCCCAGUGGAUCUGUCCGCACUUCUCCUUCCUCCUGGUCGUCCGCACCACGCCAGCCCCUGUCUAGCGGCAAACCGGGCUCAGUUGAAGUGAAGCCUGCUGCUUGGCUCGGCCACACGCCUGGCUCGUUGGGUCUGUCAAAGCAGGCAAUGGCGGAUGACGCGAAUCCACCUUACUACGAUAUGUUCGACGAAAUUUCUCGAUUCCUUUACCUCCCGGAACUCAAACUUAUGGGAGAGUAUGCGAGUGAGUACUAGCACUAGUACGCACAGCUCUAGAGUAACUACUUAAGCGAAAAUAAGAAAACGAGCAAAGAGUAGGUGAGUCCAGAUACAAUGCUUUGCAGAGUAAGUUCUUGUGAGGAAGAUAGGAUAGCGCUCCUGUUGAACUCUCGAUAAUACUCAUACGUUUUUCUUAUUCAUCAAGUAACGCAGGAGAACGAGAAGCACCCAUUGUAAAAAGAUAGAUGCGCUCCACACGUAUUCUUUGUUUUUGCAGUGACAGUCUGGUCCUCCGGAUCUAAGAGACUUCUGAACAACGUCGUGACGGUUUCUGUAGCCCCCGCAGACAGCUACGUGAAAAUCGCGCCAAGCACCGCCGGAGAGCAGCCGAGUACUACGGGAAUCAAUGCCACCUCAACUUCUGGGGGAACUGUGACGUAUGAGAAGCGCAACUACGCAGGCUUCACAGAGGACAAGCGAAGCGCAACGGGGCGCGCCGCCUUGUCCGGACCAGAGCACUCAGGACCUCACUUCGCUUUUCGGUCGGCGUUUCAAGUGCAAAUUGGUUUUUACAGCUGGCGCGAGUUGUUCAGAGAGAUCAACUCUAUUAUAGCCUUGGACGAUAUGGGGGACCACUUCGCGGAGCUAGGCGACAGAGCUAGUGCACUGUGGGAGAAGUUUGAGGAUCAGGUGGAAGUACUCGACGACAACGUUGAGGAUCAAAUGGAAGCAGCUGGGGAAGCUAUCGAGGAUGCUGCCGAGGCAGUAGCGGACAAGGUGCAAAACGCCGCGGAGGCUGUGACGGACGCUUUGGGAGGUAUCGCAGAUACUCUGGAGGAGAAGGUCGAUGACUUGCAGGAAGGAGCAGGAGAGGCCUGGGAGUGGGACACAGUACUCCUUUUUUCCUAGUAAGUUGUGUGUAUUGUUCAUUCUAUUGCUAUUCUUGGUCGUCAUUCUACUUUCUGCGUAUCUCUACCUUCAGCUCGAUAGCACUCGGCGAUCUUGAGCAUAUCUAUCAUAUCCACUGGCACAAAAAAGCACGUAGUAGCUCUAUAUUAAAACGCGCCCCGUACGCGGGCCCAACAGGGGCCCGCCGGUGGCCGAGGUUGAAAAGUAGACAGACAAGAAUGCCAAAGGAAACGCCCUCAGAUGUCAGCCACUCUCCCUCUCGAUAGGUAGCCAGGCAGCUCAAAGCAGAAGCGGGAGCCCUAGUCAGCUAGCUGGGAAGCCCUAGCCAGCUAGCCGGGAAGCCCUAGCCAGCUAGUUUGGGAGGCGUAGGCAGAGGGCUGAGAAGCUUGGGCCACCUGGCUCAGAAGCCCGAGCCGACUAGCUUAAAACCAAAAGCCACAGCCAGCUACCUUAGAGUCCCAAGGCUUAGAUGCUUAGGCUGGGAGCUAUAGCCGCUAGCCGAGAAACCGGCGGCAGUGAGCUUAAAACCAGUAGCCCGCCAGCUCACGCGGAAGCCAUUGCGGGCCAGCUGGCUAGUUGACUUAGAUGGAAGCCAGUGCCAUUGGAUGCGAUGGCCAGCCAGCUCCGAAGCCAUGGCCAGCUAGCUUGGAUGCCAUGGACAGCUAACUCUGUGGCUUUCUUUGGGCAGCUAGCUCGCAGGGACAAGCCUUGGCCAGUUAGCUCAGAAGCCUUGGGCAGCUUGCUAGCCUACUUAGAGUAGAAGCCAGCCAAUGGCAAUGGGCGCCUUGGCUUGGUAGCUCAGAAGCCGUCGCCAGCUAGCUUGGAAGCCAUGACCAGCUACCUAGCUUAGAAGCUUUGGGCAGCUAGCUCAGCAGCUAUGGCCAGCGAGCUCAGCACGCUGCCCCCGUGGCCAGCUAUCUUAGAAGCCAUGGGCAGCUAGCCUUGAAGCUUUGGGCAGCUACCUCGGAAGCGAUGGCCCGCUAGCUCAGAACGCAGAAGACCUGGGCAGGCAGCCCGCAGGCCUUGGCCCAGGAGCUUUGGGCAGCUAGCUAGCACACUUAGGAGCCAAUGGGUGCCGUGGCUAGGCUUGCUAGUGCUAGCUUAGGAGGAGCUCGGGCUCGGAAGCCGUGGCUGGCUAGCUUAGAAGCCUUGGCCAGCUAGCUCAGAAGCUUGGCUUGGCCAGCUAGCUCGGAAGCGAUGGCCCGCUAGCACUAGCACCGAGCCAUUGCCAGCGAGCUCCGAAGCCAUGGGCAGCUAACUCUGAAGCUUUGGGCAGCUGGCUCCAGAGCUUUGGCCAGCUAGCUCUGAAGCUUCGGCCAGCUUGCCCGCCUACCUUCUUAGAAGCCAAUGGGUGCCAUGGCUUUGGCUUGCUACGCUAGCGCAGAAUCCGCCACGGGCACCGCCUAGCUUGGAAGCCGUGGCCAGCUAGCUUCGAUCCUUGGAAGCCUUGGGCCCAUAUGGAAAAAGUGUGGCGCCUUUUGGCGUGGUUUUUUUGUUCUCUCCUUUGUCCUCCGCUUUUCGUGGAGGCCCGCGACCAAGUUGCCGACUCAGGGACUCGCCGCGCGUCGUUUUGGGCUGGACGGUGUCAGCAAUUCGCGGAGCCCCACGAACUGCGGGUGACUAAUUUGGCGCCUCCGCGUGUUGUUUUGACUUUGAGCCCGCCGGACUGUGUCAGCAAUUCGCGGGGCCCCAUGAACUGCGGACACUUUGGACGCCCCGCGCGUCGUUUUGAGCCGGGGCGGACGGCGUCAGCAAUUCGUGGGAACCCGCGACGAACCGCGGACAAUUGGAAUUCUUUGCGUCUCGUUUUGGGAGUAUCGGCGGCCGCAAUUCGUGGCAGCCCACGAAUUCCGGACAGUUGAUACUCUCCGCGCCCUGCGUCGUUUGAAAGUGACGGCGCCGGCAAUUUGGGGCGCCCGUGAAUUGUGAACGGCUGGGGCUCUCUGGCUCUGCGUGUCGUUUUGAGCCGGACGGUGUAAGCAAUUCGUGGAAACCCGCGACGAAUUCAUUGCGGACAAUUGGGGCUCGUCUUCGCGCGUCGUUUUGAGGGUAUCGGCGUCUGCAAUUCGGGGCGUCUGCUCGUGGCAUCGUCUCGAGUGAAGGGUGUGGCCGCUUGGUCUGGCGUCUGUUUUUCGUGGCAACCCGUGAAAAGCGGACCGCGCUGCGCGUCAUGCUUGUGGCUGUCUUAGCGAAGAGGCUAGAGACGAAGACGAUCGACGACAGCCGCAGACGAUCGACGACAGGCGCAGGCGAUCGACGACAGGCGAAGACGAUCGACGACAGAAGGAGACGAUCGACGACAGACGAAGACGCCCGACGACAGGCGAAGACGAUCGGCGACACACAGGCGAAGACGAUCGACGACAGGCGAAGACGAUCGACGACAGGCGAAGACGAUCGGCGACAGGCGAAGACGAUCGACGACAGGCGAAGACGAUCGACGACAGGCGAAGACGACCGGCGACAGGCGAAGACGAUCGACGACAGGCGAAGACGAUCGACGACAGGCGAAGACGAUCGACGACAGGCGAAGACGACCGGCGACAGGCGAAGACGAUCGGCGACAGGCGAAGACGAUCGACGACAGGCGCAGACGAUCGACGACAGGCGCAGACGAUCGACGACGGGCGCAGACGAUCGACGACGGGCACAGACGGCCGACGACAGGCGCAGACGAUCGACAACAGGCGCGGACGAUCGACGACAGGCGCAGACGAUCGACGACAGGCGCAGACGAUCGACGACAGGCGCAGACGAUCGACGACAGGCGCAGACGCCUGACGACAGGCGCAGACGACCGAAGAGGAAGACAGGCGCAGACGAUCGACGACAGGCCCAGACGAUCGACGACAGGCGAUCGGCGACAGGUGAAGACGAUCGACGACAGGCGAAAACGAUCGGCGACAGGUGAAGGCGCUCCAUCGACGACAGGCGCAGACGCUCCAUCGACGACAGGCGCAGGCGCUCCAUCGACGACAGGCGCAGGCGAUCCAUCGACGACAGGCGCAGGCGAUCCAUCGACGACAGGCGAAGACGAUCGACGACAGGCGCAGACGAUCGACGACAGGCGCAGACGAUCGACGACAGGCGCGGACGAUCGACGACAGGCGCAGACGACUGACGACGGACAGGCGCAGACGAUCGCCGACAGGCGCAGGCGAUCGACAUCGACGACGGGCGCAGACGAUCGACGACAGGCGCACUCUGUGGCCGUCGGUCUGUCUCGUCUGUGGUCGUCGAUCCGUCUCGCCUGUGGUCGUCGAUUCGUCUCGUCUGUGGUCGUCGGUCUGUCUCGUCUGUGGGUGUGGUCGUCGAUCUGUCUCGCCUGAGAAAGGCGCAGACGAUCGACGACAGGCACAGACGACCGACGACAGGCGCAGACGAUCGACGACAGGCACGGACGACCGACGACAGGCGCAGACGAUCGACGACAGGCGCAGACGCUCGACGACAGGCGCAGACGACCGACGACAGGCGCAGACGACCGACGACAGGCGCAGACGAUCGGCGACAGGCGCAGACGAUCGGCGACAGGCGCAGACGAUCGACGACAGGCGCGGACGAUCGACGACAGGCGCGCGCGAUCGACGGCAGGCGCAGACGAUCGACGACAGGCGCAGGCGAUCGACGACAGGCGAAGACGAUCGACGACAGGCGAAGACGAUCGACGACAGGCGAAGACGAUCGACGACAGGCGAAGACGAUCGGCGACAGGCGCAGGCGCUCCACCGAGCUCCAUCGACGACAGGCGCAGGCGCUCCAUCGACGACAGGCGCAGGCGCUCCACCGACGACAGCCGCAGGCGCUUCAUCGACGACAGGCGCAGGCGAUCCACCGACGACAGGCGAAGACGAUCCCGAUCGACGACAGGCGCAGACGCUCGACGACAGGCGCAGACGCUCGACGAGAGGCGAAGACGAUCGCCGACAGGCGAAGACGAUCGACGACAGGCGCAGACGAUCGCCGACAGGCGCAGACGAUCGACGACAGGCGCAGACGAUCGACGACACCGACAGGCGCAGGCGAUCGGCGACAGGUGGAGACGAUCGACGACAGGCGAAGACGAUCGACGACAGGCGAAGGCGCUCCAUCGACGACAGGCGCAGGCGCUCCACUGACGACAGGCGCAGGCGCUUCACCGACGACAGGCGCAGACGCUCGACGACAGGAUCGACGACAGGCGCAGACGCUCGACGACAGGAUCGACGACAGACGCAGACGAUCGCCGACAGGCGGAGACGAUCGCCGACAGGCGCAGACGAUCGCCGACAGGCGCAGACGAUCGACGACAGGCGCAGACGAUCGACGACAGGCGCAGACGAUCGACGACAGGCGCAGACGUUCGACGACAGACGCAGACAGCCGACGACAGACGCAGACGACAGACGCAGACGACAGGCGCAGACGAUCGACGACAGGCGCAGACGCUCGACGACAGGCGAAGACGAUCGCCGACAGGCGAAGACGAUCGACGACAGGCGCAGACGAUCGCCGACAGGGAGGCGAAGACGACCGACGACAGGCGCAGACGAUCGACGACAGGCGCAGACGAUCGACGACAGGCGCAGACGAUCGACGACAGGCGCAGACGACCGACGACAGGCACAGACGACCGACGACAGGCGCAGACGAUCGACGACAGGCGCAGACGAUCGACGACAGGCGCAGACGACCGACGACAGGCACAGACGACCGACGACAGGCGCAGACGAUCGACGACAGGCGCAGACGAUCGACGGCAGGCGCAAACGAUCGACGGCAGGCGCAGACGAUCGACGACAGGCGCAGACGAUCGACGACCGGCGAAGAUGAUCGACGACAGGCGCAGACGAUCGACGCGAGGCGCAGACGAUCGACGACGGGCGCAAAUGAUCGACGACAGGCGCAGACGAUCGACGACAGGCGCAGACGGUCGACGACGUCGGGCGCCUUUCUUCUGCGUUCUUUCUGUGUCUUCAGCUGCUUGCGCUCUGUGCCGUCAAGUGCUUGCUCUCUGUGCCCCCAGGUAUCUGCCUGCUGCGCCCUUCAGAUGCUUGCCUGCUGUGCCGUCAAGUGGCUGCCCUCUGUGCCCUCAGGUCUUUGCCUUCUGCGCCCUUCAGGUCUUUGCCUUCUGUGCCCUCAGGUACUUGCCCUCUGCGCCUUUAAUGCGCUUGCCCUUGAUGCGCUUGCCUUUAGUUUAGUCGCCUGCUUCCUUGACUCCGCGGCAGCCGGCGACGCUGACGCCUUACGAAUGUGACAGGUCGAUCGAAUGAGACGAGUGCAGCCCCACCUGUCUCCUCUGCGCUUGUCUGCUUCACUCCUCUGCGCUUGUCCGCUUCACUCCUCUGCGCUUGUCCCCUUCACUCCUCUGCGCUCUCUCACCUUUCGGCUUCGCGUGACGUCACGCGGGAACUCCUAGACCUAGAUGCUGUUUUGUGUCUUUCUCUGGUAGUUUGCUUUUUCGUGGCUUUCCACGAAAAGCGGACAGUGGAGAAUACGGAAAACGUCUAGGAUUCCAAACCUUAGGACACACACACACCAACACACAAAAAGCGGCCUCUUUCGACAAUCCGACUUGGCGCAGCAGUCUUUGUCAGAAUAAGCCUCUUCAUCUUUGAGAUGACCCUGAGUGUCUUGAUAUUCUAAGGUCUACAUGCUUAUAAUAGAAAUUUCUUAAGGAGUGCCAUUUCGAUUUCCUGAAGGAUAAGGAAGCCCCUUAAGGGAGGCUCUUAAGAGUUUCAGCAAACUUGCUUAUGCUAUGAAUACUAAUAUUGUUCGGCUGAAGUGAAAGCUUCUCAUCCUCAUGAUCAGGUAAAAGACAAGUUGGACGACACGAAGGAGAAAGUUGAAGGUGUUGUCGAGAAUGUUCAAGGUUGGGCAGCAGACCACCUUCGCUUGCCGUGGUCCUCGUCUGGAUCGUCAUCGGCAGCUGUUUACCGCGAGGUCAAUAUUGAAGAUGACAAGGACAAGGAGGAGGCAGAGAAGAGCGUCACAAUUGAAGCUGCAUCUACAGGAGCAAAUGGUGGGGUCGUAGCACUCGGAGGUGAUGAGCCGUCAAGUGUGCAAAAUGGGGCCAACGCUGCCUCUGCAGAAUCUACGGUGGAUGCUCUCCCUGCCGACAAGUGUCGAAACUGCGGCGCGCAGCCAUUCACCCUUCUGGAAGGGGGGAAGUACUGCAUGUACUGUGGUGUAUUUGCCGGCAACCUCCAUGAGUUUUGGAGGGAGGGUGGCCCUGGUGGAGCGUCGCGCAGCGGCUUGAUUGGCGGCCGCGGACUGCGCAGCGGGGCAUCGUCAAACUCGGCAUUCGCUGGUGCCAGCAAAGCAGGCGGCAACGCUACGACCCCUACAACAACUACUGACCAAAGCACUCUCAGUCGCAGUUUCCAGUAUCAAAGAGCGUUUUUACAGCGCAAAGACUACAACAUCUACUCCUCCUUCGUCGCGGUUGGGCCGGAUGGCCAUUUGCCAGGCGCUAAGUCCACGGCUCGAUCGCGUGCCAUCGGACCGCUUUUUCCUGGUGCAGGUAGUAGUCGACCGCGAUCAACUGGCGCUGCACGCGAAGCCGCCAUUCGCGCACAGGAAAAUGCUCGCCACAAAGCCGCGCGCAAGACGUCGUCGAUGCAAGACAGCCAGGUGGACGAAAUCCGCGGUCUCAAACUAACCGAGAAAAAAAAGGAGGCAGAGCAGGAGAAGGCAUUACGCUUUUACCGGCAGUUCCAAGCGCAGGAAGAAGUGGCUUCGCGUGAUUUUCAACUAGCGUUCGCGACGAGUGGGAGCAGCUCCUCCCCUCUUGCGGGAGGCAACGAGACCAUGUCCUCGUCUGUACCUGUUGCAGUCACAGGGGAAACUAGCGGCACCGAGCAGGGCCAGAGUGACGCAGUCGCAGCAGAAGCAGUGUUGGACUUUCUACCUCGACAGUGGCUGCAGAUGCCCGCAGAAGCAAUGAAGCAUACAUUCGAGGUGUUCUUUGUGGUGAACGCACGGCUGUACCCAGAAGGAGACUCAGAUCCUGAAACUAACGCAAGCCUGUCUGCAGCUAUUGCACAGGCAGCAGCGUCCCAAGAGAAAGAAGGCGGCGAUCCCGAAGUUACUAGUGGAGGAGGAGGAGCUUUCCUUGCUCCAACGAGCGCAGCUUCAGCCACAAGCCCUGCCUGCCCUUCAGCCACUGAUGUUGGGGCAAGCGGCCCUGGACCGAAACCGAUGGAGCUAUUUCUAGAAGUAUCAAGCUUCAAGGUGAAUGACGUGCUGUUGGACGACCAUGUCUGGUUACGGCCGAUCUGGAAACUGGUAUAUCUCGCGCUGAACUAGCUGUGUGUGAGUAGACCGAAGUUCGUUUGUUGAUCCUUUUCGCUUGUAGUUCAAGCACGUGGCAACUCUUCGUGUAGUCUAAUCUGAGUUACCCCUAAUGCUUUUGGCUCAUCUGAUCCUUCGGAGCUAGCAGAGAGAAUGUUUAAGCGACGAAAACAAUAUUCCUGGUACUGAUCUUCUCCAGAUCUACCCGAAGAUCGAUCAACAACUGUCGAAGGCAGCUCAGACAGCGCUGAACAAGUGGAUGGCGGAGAAUACAAUGACGUCGGCGGUGUUGUCGAGGAUGCUCAAGUACCUGGGACUCGCAUGCGCGUGCUGUGGCAAGAAGUCGUAG